AUGUAUUUCCCACCAGGACCACCACUAGGCGAACUUCGCGUUGCCAAACCAUCUGACAUCAUGCGACUUGGAAUUAUUGCGGCCGCAGGGUUUCAUUAUUCGCCCCUUUCCCGAUGGGAGAGACCUGAUCACGAGGAUUUCCCCGAAGACACAUUGCUUUUAUAUCGUACACAGUUCAGCGAGGCUCUCUAG